AAAACUUUGAUGAAAUGGACUUGGAUGCACAUAUUGCUCGAGAUAAAUAUGCAAAUGCUUGUUCAAGAUUAGCUGAACUUAUAAAUUUUUUACAACCAACCGAAAAUGAAGAUAAGUUGAUAAGUUCUUGCGUUCAAAUAAUCGAUCUCUUAACUGAACAUCAAGAACUUAAGAAUCAUUUUAUAAUCUUUCAUGGUGUCAUUCCUAUCACGGAAAUUUUAGAAAUAUGUGUUAACACUGACUUGCUUUCAAAAUUACUAAAAAUGGUUAACAUAAUAAUUGCAGAUAACAUUGAUGUUCAAGAAAACUUUUGCCUUGUAGGAGGUAUUCCAAUAAUCAUGAGUUUUACUUCAAAAAGAUAUUUAUAUGAAAUUAGAGUUGAAGCUGCAAUAUUUAUAAGGCAGAUUUGUCAUACAUCUCCAAUUAUCCUACAAAUGUUUAUAUCUUGUCAAGGGUUAAAGAUUUUAGUUGACUUUUUACAGGAAGAAUAUUCUAAACAUAAAGAAUUGAUUUGGAUUGCGAUUAAUGGAAUUUAUAGUGUUUUUGAACUUCAAAGUUCGACUCCUAAAAAUGAUUUUUGUCGUUUACUCGCAAAAAUUGGAGUAUUAGAUCCAUUAGCCAUUACCUUACAUAAUGUUUUAAUGGAUGAUGAUCCUUCAGCCUGCAUAUUUGUGGAUAGAAUUGUUAAUAUCUUUUUAAUGUUUUCUCGAGGUGAUGUUUAUGUAAAAGAAUUUAUGGCUACACGUACACGGGUUGUUACUCGGAUUUUUGAAAACUUGUACAAAUUACCAUCACAUUUAAUUGUAGCCGUUCUCAAAUGUAUCAAGAACAUUUCUAUGCAUUCAAAUACAUUGGAUGCUUUACAAAAAGCAAAGGCAAUUCAAAUUCUUACAGCAUUAUUGGAUAAACAAGUUCCAUUAUAUGUCACGGAAAUUUCUAAUCAAGUACUUAACACAAUGUUCAACCUUUGUCGAAUUAAUAAAUCAAGGCAAGAAGAAGCUGCAAGAGCUGGACUUAUUCCUCAUUUGGUGUAUUUCGCAUCAAAUAAUACACCACUUAGACAUUUUGCUAUUCCAAUUCUCUGUGAAAUGGCACAUACGGGACAAACUUGUCGUGAUCUAUUAUGGCAAAAUAACGUUUUACAACUUUAUCUUAAUUUAUUGGUUGAUAAGUCUUGGCAAGUUAGUGCUUUUGAAGCUAUUCUUGCAUGGUUCCAAGAAGAAACUUCUAAAGUAGAACCAAUUCUUUUACAACAAAAAAAUAUUGAAUUAAUUCUAGAAGCAUUUGUUGUUGCCAAAGCAAAUUCUUUUGAAAAUAUUCUUGAACCAUUACAUUUAAUAACACAAUUAUCUGCUCCUGUAACUUGUGUUUUAGCACAAUCAACAUUUUUUGAUCGUUUAUUACAUCGAUUUGGACAUCCAAAACCUGUUGUAAGGUUAAAUUUAUUACGUAUUUUAAAAUCUAUUUGUGAUGUACAUCCACAACGUGAAGAUGUUAUUAAACGUUAUGGAUUAUUUGAAAUUAUUGUUAAAUUAAGUACUGAAGAUCCUGCUGUAUUAAUUAGAGAACUUGCAAAAGAAAUUUUACAGCAAG